AUGGGUACUCUUACGCCGAAGCCUUUCUUGAGUAGCAUAACUGGAAAGAAAGUCAUUGUGAAGCUUAAAUGGGGUAUGGAGUAUAAGGGUUAUUUGGUCGCCGUGGAUCGCUACAUGAACCUUCAGCUGCAUAGUACUGAUGAGUACAUCGACAACUGCUUUACUGGAAGUCUCGGCGAGGUUCUCAUUCGUUGCAACAACGUUCUGUACAUCAGGGAGUGUGAAGACGAUUCUAAAACGGAUAUGGAAUAG